AUGUCACAAGGAACGUACGUCAAUAAGUAUGCCGGGGAAUUCUGCAAACUGGUCGUCGAAGGCGACCUCGGGAAGAUCAAAUCGAAAUUCAAAGAUCUGGUACUGGACUAUCAAACACCGGACGAUCUCAAUACUCCGCUGCACCUGUCGAUCAUUGCCCAGCAGAAUCGGAACGAAAUCAUCCAGUUUCUGAUCGAGUCAGGGGCGGAUUGUGAUUUGCGCAACUCCAUGAACCUGACCGCGUCCGAGCUGGCGAUAAAUCUCAACUUCCUGGACGUCACCAAGCACAUGCUGGCGGUUGAGUUCCGUAAUCUGUCCGACUACCGGUGCUUCUAUCGGUUGAUCCGCCGGGGCUCUGUGCCGCUGCUGCAGUUGUUCCUUGAGCUGAAGAACUUCGACGUGCAUCAGCAGAUCCACUUUCUGUCCAGCGUGUGGCACGAACUGUACGUCAAAAGUGUUCAGAUAUCGAAGAACAUGGAAAACUUCCUCGAGUACCAACUGCUCAACUACAGCUACGCAUAUCACCAUCCACCGAGUCAGAAGCCCGACCGGCUCAAGUUCGACAAAGAGCACGAAAACCGAAUCGAUCUGAUCGUCGAAUACACUCGCUUCCUGAGCGGCCAGUACGCCACCGAUAAUCUGAACGAAUUCGACGACAAAUUCCUGCUGGCGAUCAAGAUCAUCUACGACAAUCUGUUCUUCAUCAAAGACAAGCACGAGUUUGCCCAUCUGCCGAUGGUGGAAACCGAGCGAUGUCUAGCGAUCUUCCUAGCCAUCUUCAAAAAGAGUCCCGACUAUGAAAUCUACAAGCUGAUCAUCAACAAAAAGCAGCUGCUUCUUUUCCUAACGGCCGUUUGUGAUGAGUUGGACAAGAUCAAAAAAGACCUCCUGGACAAGGAGAACCGCAGUCAGCAGAAGUGGACCAACGAUCUGUUUCUGCAUCUGAUCAACUGCAUCCGCGACGCGGCACCAGCCAAGUCAACGAAAGCCAUCAACGGGCUGUGGAAGAAGAAAUGUCCCCUAAAAAAGAAACACAUCUACUACGUAAAGUCACGGCUCAAAGCCAAUCCGGAACUGAACGCCAUUCAAGCCCGGUUGAUCAACAACCUAUCCAAGGCAGAGUUGGAGGUCGUCCGGUCGGAAAUGAAAACAAAAGAGUUCCUCAAUCUAACUCGAACUGUGUCGCGGAAGAAUUAUGUAGUAUUCAAACGUCUUCGGAAAACCUCCGAUCAUCUGGCGCAGUUGUAUGCGAUCAAAAAGAUCCUGCGAUAUUUGGAUGGAAUCUCCCGGGUGCAGCUUCCGCAGUACCAAGUUUCCAGCGUGCUGGCGAUCAAGCGAACGCUACAGGUUCUGGCGGACACCAGCAACAGUACAAAAUACAGCCCACGAAUCCAGCGCAAGCUGGACUACGUGAUCAACCGGAUCCUGCCGCUCAAUCUGGACAUCGAGCUGAAGGACUACUACACGCCGAACGUUACCCUGUACAAACUGUGCUCCGAUAGGUUGGAGAACCGGUUGAUGCCAUUCGCUGAAGUGCAAUGCAGUCUGAAGUCCGUUCGACGCUACUUUUCCUACAUUUUCGACCUCAAAAUCUUGGAAGCCUACAAGUGCUACCUGGGCAACGUCUACCAGCUGAAGGAUCGCCUUCAGGUCAAAUCCUACAAUCAGUACAUUGGCGAAGCCAAUCGACUGUACUUCGAGAACCACACCCUGGACGAUCUGUAUUUCGAGCUUGAAGACUGUAUACGAGCAGUGGAAGAACUGCAGGAAACCUUCAAUCAGCAGCACGACGACAAGAUCAGCGAUCUGCUGCGGUGCAUCCAUCAGCCGCUAGCCCACCGAUACGAAUCGCUGUUACGCGAAGGCAACGAUCUGCUGGCCACGAUCAGCUGCAACUUCAACACCAGCCUUCUGCUAGGCACCGCCAACCAAGACAUGGCCAAGGUGAAACGAAUCGUCCUAUCGUUCCUGCACGAAGACUACCCGAAGUACGACAUCAGCAGCGACAGCCAGCUGGUCGGGGUGAACUUUGUGCUGCAGGAAAUGCUGCACCUCUUCACCAACUACCUGUACCAGUACCAGAUGGACGAACGGGUUUCCAAGAAUUUCAUAACCAUGAUCCACGUUCUAAACGUGGAGCGUUUCUUCGCCAUCGAACACUUUCUGCCGCAGAGAGGGAAAGAGUACGACAGUCUAAUCCAUCAGAACUACACGAACGAAAUCCUGAAGAAGUUCAACCUGCCGAACCUGAGCUCGAUCGAGUUUGCCGUCUUGCACGAACAGUUGGCCAUCAACUAUUACGACAAUUGCUUCAAUCUGGACAAGAAGUAUGCGGUGCUGACGAUGUUCAUGAAAACCACCAACCGUCAGAUUAACGAUGCCAUAAUCAAGCGCAACAAGCGAAUGGAUCGCGAAGAGUUCCAGUCCUAUCUGGAGGCGAAGUUGAAGCUGAUCGGACAGUUUCUGCCGUGCAGCGAUUUCAACGAGGUUACCCAGUUCAUCAACGAAGCGGCUCCGCACGUUGAGUUUGCGCUGGAGUUCUGUCUGCUGGAGAUCUGCGAAAUCCUAACCGAUCUGGCCGUUUUUCAGGACAACAGCUACGUGCUGAAGCUGCAGUCGUCGAUCAUUAGUGGAAAGAAUUUGCGCGAGUAUCUGCUGCACGAUCCGUUGAUCUACGAUAUGCUAACGUUGACCCACAGCACCAAGGUGAAGGUGUUUCUGAAUGGGUUGGUUUUUAAAAGUAACGAUUUUAAGCUGUACCACCCGAGUAAUAAUCUGAAGGUGAAUGUUAGUGAUCUGGCAACUAUCAAUGAGAACCUGGUGAACAGCUACAAGAUGAAGUGGAGUUGGGUGGAACAGCAGGAGCGGCUGUUUAAAUCGGUGGAAAAUAUCGAUCUGAAGCUACUGCAGGCGUUGACGCCGGAUUAUGCGGAUAUUCGUGGAAUGCGGCUGGGUGCACUGCAGGAUGAGGCGCCGAUCGCGGAGUACGAAAUUAUCGAUUAUACGAUUAAGAAUAAUCUGAAAGCUAUGAUUGAUUUUCUGGCGGAUGAUGUUCAAGCGAUUUCGUUUGAGAAGCAGCAAUUUUUCCAGUAUUUGUUGGUGCGAAGUUUUGGGUCGCUGUUUGUGGAUGCUCACGUGAAUUUGACGGGACCGCACGAGCGACAGGCAACGAUCCUGUACAUGGCGUUGUAUUUCCGAGCUUAUGAGAUCUUUCUGGAUAAUGUGAAGAAGUUUGAGUUGAGUGUCAAUUUGUCGAAGAUUGCAAAGUACAUAAACCACGAGUUCAUCGAUAAGAUCGCUAAGCAGAUGAAAGAUAUUAGCUGGAAUUGUUUGGACGAAAACGGGGCGUCCGUACUGGAUCAGUGCGUUCAGAAAGGUGACGGACAGGCCGUUAGGAAGCUGAUAAAACUCAGCGUUGAUGUGAACCAGUGCAAUGUGGACGGGAGUACGGCCCUGCAUAGAGCCUGCAGUCUAGGGCUGGCCGAUAUCGUGCGUCUUCUGAUCAAGCAAAAUGCGCAGAUUAACGUAGUUAACGAGCAAAGCUAUCUACCGUUGAGUUACGUAAUUCAGUACCAGGAGAAUGAUCUAAUACCGGUGCUAAUCAGUGAGGACAUUAAUGUGAGCUCGGAGAAACUCAGCCUGGUUCGGAGGUCGAUCAAGUACGGCAAUCUAGAGGCGUUAAAGUUUUUGCUGGAUAUUCGACAGAUCAGCUUGAGCGUAAAAUUUGAUUCGGAAGACAACACGCUGCUUCAUCUGUGUGCCAUUCAUGACAAAGCGGAGAUUCUGACCUACCUGAUCAGCAAUCACUUUAAGUACUCGCAGGAUAGUUUGAACCGACAGAACCGCUAUCAGAAAACACCGCUACACAUAGCCAUCAGCAGCGAUCGCUACCGGAUCGCUGAACUGUUGCUCCAGCAGAGGGCUUCCGUCACGAUACGUGAUCAAUGCGGACUGAACGCCGUCGAGUGGGCCAUCGAACGAAACAGCGUAAAGAUGCUGAAGUUGCUGAUGAAAUACAACUUCAACCAGCAAAAAUCCUUGAUCCCACAAUCACCGCUGACGCUGGCGAUCGAAAAGAAGAACAUCCGAAUGCUCAAACUGCUACACAAAAUCGGUUACAGCCUAAACAUGGAACCGCUCUGUUUAAUCAAAGCCGUGUACGCACAGUCCGUUGAGCUGGUUAAAUAUCUAGUGGAGAGCAAUAAAGCCUGCCUGAACUAUAAGGAUCCGUACGACAGUUCGGCGCUGCACGUUGCUAUCGCGAUCGGUUGCAACGAAAUUGCCGCUUUCCUAAUAGAAAGCGGAUCGGAAAUCAACGCCGUCACCAAGUUCGGGGAAACUCCGCUUCACAUAGCGGCGAAGCAUUGCAAUAUUAUCGCCGCCCGGAUGCUGAUUCUGAAGUACGCGGCGAUCGACGAGCGGAAUUCCUCCGGCCUGACCCCGCUGAUGCAGGCAAUGUACUCGCGAAACCUGGACAUAAUGAAGCUACUGAUCGGAGCCGGUGCCAACAUCGAACUGCUCAAGAUCCAUCUGGCGGAAAUCGAGCAGAUGUCCAAGAUCCCGACGAUCCACAUGUUCGCCGACAACUACGGACUGCUGGAGUUCAUGAUCCUACAGCUGCAGUACGAUCCGAACGCACGGGAUGGACGCAAUCAGCAGACCUUACUGCACAAGGCGUGCUACACGAACAACCUACAGAUUGUGCAGUUUUUGGUGGACUGGUGUAGACUGCAGACGGAGCAGCAGGACAGCAACAGCCGUACGCCGCUGGCGAUUGCCAACGAGUAUAAGAACUUUGACGUGGCGGAGUUUUUGCGCAGCAAAAAGAGAAAGAAAUCGCAGAUUACGCCCCAGCGCUAUUUCGAUCCGACGGGGAUAAUGUGAGGAACGUUACCAGUGCAGACUUUUCCACUGAACU